AUGUGGGGGGGUGUGUGUUUCUCCAGGCCCCCCUCGUGCUGUCUCUCCGCCAAGGCUGGCUCCAGGUCCCUCCUGGCCUCCCUGGCGUCCAAAGCCAAGCGCCUCAACGGCAGGGACGAGAGGUUUUUGGAAAGGACCUUCCCCCGCUUCUACGUCCUCUACGCGACCUUCACCAGAGGAGUCCAGAUGCUCUUCCUGGAAGUCAAAGAAAUCAGGAAAAUCAAAUCGAAGAUGCACCAUCAGAGACUGAGUGUCCAGCAGCUUCCCUACCGGGACAUGGAGAGGCUGCGACAGUUUCGUCGGGACGUGAUCAAGGCCCUUCCCAUCGGAAUCAUCGCCAUCCCCCCCUUUGCCAACUUCUUGGUCAUUGUCCUCAUGUAUUUCUUCCCCCGCCAGCUCCUCAUCCGUUACUUCUGGACCCCCAACCAGCAGGUCGAGUUCCUGGACGCCUACGACUCCAUCAGGAGGGGCUCCUACCCCCACGUGGUGGAGAGCAUCGCCCUGGCAGCACCUUCCCUGCCAGAGCCCCACCUCCAGAAGCUCCUGCAGGAGCUCUGCGCCGAGGUGCAGCGAGGUUGCCAGCCCCGCGUGGCCGAGCUCUACGCCAUGAGGAACGUCUUUUCGGGGCCUCCCUUGGCUCUCAACAAGCUCCAGGUGGCUCACGUGAAAGCCCUGAGCCGGGUCUUGUUCCUCACCCCUCAUUUGCCAGCUUUUCUCCUGAGGCAUCGCCUGAGGAGCCACGUCCUGGAGAUCCGUCACCUGGACCGGGCUCUGCUGCGCCUGGGCUUGGGCCAACUCUCUGAGGAGGAGCUGAAAGCGGCUUGUUACCUCCGUGGCCUGAAUUCCACCCACUUGGGCACGGCUGAGUGCCGAGCGUGGCUGGAGCAGUGGCUGGGACUCUCCUGCAAGCUCCAAGCCUCGGAAGCGUCUCUCCUGGCCAACAGCAUGGUCCUGCUCUCCCUCAACUACCUCCGGGCCAAGGCCUGAGGGCCCCGCACCCACACCCCUGCUGGACGCCCGCUUUUUGGGGGGGCUGCAGAGCCACCGACCCCUCCCCGACCCCCCCGUUUUUGGGUUUUUGGGGGGACACACACACGACGCGAAGCUGCGCUUCCCUCCCAGGUUCGUGCUGGCGCUGGCUCUUUUCCUCCCCGCGCUGCCAUGGGAGAGAGAGGGCUCCGUGGGGCUGGAGACGCCGUGGGGCUGUAGGCUGCUGUGACACUGGAGAUGCUGUGGGGCUGAGGAUGCUGUGGGGAUGGGAAAGCCUUGGGGAGGGGGACACUGUGGGGAUGGGGAUGCCAUGGGGAUUGGGACACUGGGGCUGGGGACUCUGUGGGGCUGUGGAUGUUGUAGGGCUGUGGACACCGUGGGGCUGGAGAUGCCAUGGGGCUGAGGAUGUUGUAGGGCUGUGGACGCCAUGGGGAUGGGGACUCUGUGGGGAUGGGGACUCUGUGGGGCUGGGGAUGUUGUAGGGCUGUGGACACUGUGGGGCUGGGGAUCCUGUAGGACUGGGGACGCCGUGGGGCUGAGGACACUGUGACACUGGGGACGCCAUGGGGAUGGAGAUGUUGUAGGGUUGGGGACGCUGUGGGGCUGGGGAUGCUGUGUGGCUGGGG